AAAUACAUUUACAUGUAGUAUCACUGGAUGUUAUAUAUUUACGUGGCGUGAACGGCCUUGAAAUCUUCAGUUUGGUAGCAAAUUCAGUGUAGGAAAAACGGCCGCUAAUCAGGAGGAAUGGCAAUGAUUUCAGUUUUGAACGAGAGGCAGCUGAAACGCCUCUCGGAACACAAAUACAGCGCGCAGUGUGUAUCAAUUUUGGACCCUUGCUUUCAAGUCUACUGGCGCUGGUUGGUGGAACAACUUCCUUUGUGGCUUGCACCAAAUACUAUCACAAUCUCUGGAUUCGUUAUCAAUGUAGUCACGUCUCUUCUGUUAAUAUGGUAUUGCCCUCAAGCCAAGGGAGAGGCACCAUGGUGGGCCUUUCUACUGAGUGCUAUUGGAUUGUUUGUAUACCAAUCCCUUGAUGCUGUAGAUGGUAAGCAAGCACGGCGUACAAAAAGUGCAUCGCCACUGGGAGAAUUAGUUGACCAUGGUUGUGACUCUGCUUCCAUGGUGAUUAUGAUCUUAGCUGUCUGCGUAGCAGUAGAGCUCGGCACACACCCUGUCUGGAUGUUUUACAUGUCGUUCAUGGCAGUUUUCAUGUUUUAUUGUGCCCACUGGCAGGCCUAUGUUUCAGGAACUAUUAAAUUUGGAACAGUUGAUGUAACAGAAAUUCAAAUUGCUGGUAUGGUUAUAUUCAUGAUCUCAGGAAUUUUUGGUGUUCAAGUAUGGUCCUUGCAGGUUCCCUACUUCAAUGUCUCAUUAAAAGCAGUUGUCUUUGGAGUCUCUGUCCUUGGGAGUAUCUAUGCUCUUUCCACAAUUUUUAUUCAAAUAUAUGAAGGAGGGAAAGGCAAGAAUGGUUCCACAGUAGCAGGAACCAGUGUUUUAUCUCCGUUAUUUCCCAUCGCUGUCAUGCUAUAUAUGGCAUAUCUUACUGCUAGGAUCUCAUCUAUAAAUAUAUUUCAAAAACACCCGUGUUUGUUUGUCAUGGCAUUUGGCAUGGCGUGCUCCAAGAUCACCAUCAAGCUAGUGGUUGGCUGCAUGACACGGAGUCCUGUAGAGUUCAAAGAUUCCACAAUGAUUGGAGGAAUACUUCAGAUUCUUAACAUUUAUUAUGGCUCGCCUUUCAACGAGCACGUUUUACUGUGGUGUAUGAUGGGCCAUGUGAUCUUUGAGCAGUUACGCUAUAACUUUGCACUGGGUUGCCAAAUCUGCGAGUAUCUCAACAUUAGCUACUUCACGAUUCGUUCACCGGCGGUGAAGCCUGAAGCCAAAUAGCACGUAGCGACUUUAGCCCUGUUGCUUGCGGUAACCUCCGUGUGACCUCUGUGUGUUCAAACUGUAUAGAACUGUGUUCUGUUUAAGAAUAGGUCGGAUCAAACGAGUUCGAGAGUCGGGAAGGGUUGGUGAAUGAUUUUUGGACGGUACUGUUAGUUCUUCUCUCGCGAGUGUAUCAUCAGCGCGCGGUUAAACGAGCGAAGAGCAUGCGAAAGCAGGCGUGGUGUUCCUACGAAAUGAAUGAAAUGUCGUAGACUCGUGGAAAUUUAGCAGCUAUAAGUUGGAAUUGGCCUCUCGUCCUUGUUUGAUCUGCGUUCACGCCUUCUUCACGUGACAAUUUGUAGCAAUUCUGUCUGGAAGACGUCCUUCCGUUGACGUGUGACAUUGCCAUUUAGUGAUAAGUCACUUAUUUACUUAUCUGUUGAUUCAGAUAUAAUUAUUUACUAUUAUAUAACCGGGUUCAUGUUUUGAGGCGAAUUGGAAAUCGCACAGACAAUUUUCUAUGAUUUAAGAAUUUGUGUAGCAACAUAAAAGUCUUCUUUAAAUAGUUCUAUGGGAUGUUAAAAUGAAUUUUUUUCUUCACAUUUGGGGGCUUUAUAAUAUAUUCUUACUGCCUCAGAUCAGGUGGUUCAGAUUUUCCUGUAGGUAACAAAUUAUAAUAACAUUCCCCCCAAAGUUAACAUUGUUUGAGUAGUUCACAGAAACAAUUCAUAGUGAUUCAAGUGAAUUCCAGGAGCGAGAGAAGGAGGAAAUUGGUUUUACAAUUUUACCUUUCUCGCACCUUUGGGAAAAACGGCGAGAAGAGAAAAACAGUUAAGGAAAAUGAAAAUUUCUUAUAAGGCAUCAGCACGCACAUUUCAAAGUUCUUUUGUACCAAUCACGUUGCGUUUCUAAGGCUCGCUGCUUGGCCAAUCAGAUCUUUUCCUUUGUUUAUAAUUAGUUCAGUUUAGUUACUGUUGAGUUCAGAAGUUACUGAAGGUCUUGGCUCGCAAUCAGGAGACAAAUGAGUUUGAGUUUCGCCUUUAAUUUUUAGCUUCAAGAGUGUUGCAAAAUGUAAUUUAAAGACAGCUAUUGGAUGAUGUUAAGAGAGGAUGAAGAGAGAGGUAAUCCCUGUGACCCAAGGUAUUCCCUCAAGUUAUUUUUAGACAUGGUACCUAGAUUCUAAAACCAGUACCAUGGUACCUACCUCUGCGGUUAGUGUUACCACGCGCGUUGCUUGUCGUGGAGGACUCAAAUGCGUGUAAAGCCGAUUGGGCUUUCCACGUGACCUGUGCGCGUCACAGGAUUGGCUAUUGCUGCACACUCCUGGGAUUUCUGAAACCGGGCGUGAAAUCUAAAAAUAAGUUGAGAGGGGGUAACUUUGGAAUAAGGUCUAUAUGGGGAAUCAACUCGUUUACUCUUCAUUCUCUCUUGAUGGUGUAAAUUGAAAUUACGAGAUGAAAUGAUAAUAAGAAAGGAACACACACCUGUGUUGAACAGUGGGAUGAAAAUACGGGAGAAAUCUUAGCCUCAAAUGUGCAGUGUGAAUCAGACUGUAUAAAAUACAGGUGUGGAGCAAUUUUCUUUCUGUUCAACGAAAGGUACGAAAUAACACUUAAUGUGUUUAAGAUGAUUCCCAGUCCGUACUGCGCACUCUUGAGAUAUUGGUUACAUUAUUUUGUUUUAAUCCAUGUAAGACGUCACAAUACGUAACAUUUCGCAACAACUUACAUGAAGUAAGUUCAAAGUUUCACGUCAACCGCCAUUAUGGAAUCGAAGUUUUAUGCUUCGUUCUUUCUGACAUCACUAAGUAAAACAACUUCGUAGCUGGAAAAAUCAGACACUGUCGGAAAAAGAAUUCAAAGUGGCUCAAAGAUAAGGUAAGCGGUUCGUAACGAAUAACGUCGAUUCGCAUUCCAUCGAGUGAGAUUCACAAAAAUUGGGUGCUGAGACUGCGCAGAACGGACUGGACAUAAUCUUUUAAGAACCUACAUCACAGAUGGUGUGUCUUGAAAAACGUAGCCUAAGUUCGUCGAUCGUUCACUCCCUCAAUCCUCCCCGAUCUAAACCAUUCUUCACUGCCGUUUUGUUAUAUUUACCCAUUGAGUUUUUUUCCACCUACGCGAUCUACAGGCUUGACUGGCGUUUUCUUGGAAUUAUUUUCUGCAUUUCUGUAACACGUUACAUGUAAGAUAGGUGAAUCUUUGUUUACAAUAGUUGCCUCAUUGGAAUAAGCGCUACAGUAUCUGGUACAAGACACAAGAAUAUCAACUCUUAAGUACUAAGAGAGCGCUGCACGAUAGGCUGUCAUUACAAUUUGAGUUCGAAGCAUUUAACGCCUUUUGUGUCUCGCGCGCUUAACUACACAGAAUUUUACACAGAAUGUAUUAGCGCUUUCCCUACAAAGACAUUUUGCGUGUUUUUGGAAGCUAGUAAUGUCACUCAAUAUUUACCCUAAGAGCAGUUACUUUUUCCUAGGCUAUGUAGGGUAGCCUUCGGCUUGAGAGAAACCAACUGCUUGCAGGGUACUCAAUAUUACACACGAAGCGCCAAACAUUUUCCCGUUUAUCGAGUCUCGCAAAUCUUUUUAUGUAAUAUUUAUAGCAUGAUGUCUUUUCAAGUCGUAUGCUGAUGGGACUAUUCUCGCACCCAGAUUUCUCACGGCCAACAGAAGGAGGACCGGGUUCAAGAUUAUCACAAGCAAUGACGUCAGCAACGAUUCACCUAUUGGGAGAUAACUCUUGUUGUGUUGUGAAGAAAACAGACAGCAAUCCAGUCAGAAUACUUUUUAGUACCAUUAUUUUAUAAUGAAGAGUGCAAACCAAGUUUGAUCCCGGUGUCGUGUGCUGUCGGUGAAAUUUGUAACCUAUUUUAAUUGUCUUGAUUUCUAGCGGGUAUCGUGGCCGUGUUCUUGACAUAAACAAGACUGCGGAAAGAUUAUUUAUUAAAAUAUAUAAAUGCUACAGGUUA